AUGUAUUUCUAUGGAGCUGCUCAUCGUGAUGGAGCUGGCGCGGGAGUCGUCUUUUAUACCCCUCAAGCAGACAUAUUACAGUACUCUUUUACUUUGACACAUCGGUGUUCAAAUAAUAUGGCCGAAUAUCAGGUUUUAAUUCUCGUUCUUGAAACCGCUGCAGACAUGAAGCAGUUGCACGUUAUGGUCUAUGGUGAUUCCAAAUUAGUGGUAAAUCAACUUCUGGGUAUUUAUGAUGUCAAGAAACCUGAAUUGAUCCCAUAUUAUAAGUAUGCAAGACAACUCAUAGGAUAUUUAGACAAUGUCACCAUAGAACAUACCCGGAGAAAAUUUAACCAACAAGCUGACUCUUUGGCAAGGUUGGCAUCCAUGAUCACUCUACCUUCUCAUCGAAAUCAAAUUUCAAUAUGUCAAAAUUGGAUCAUACCUCUGAUAUUCGAUGAACAAUAUAAUGGUGAAGAAGAAAAUGCGUAUCAUAUUUUUGUCCAUGAGAUUGAAAAGGAGGAUUGGCGUCAUCUCAUCAUUAAUUACCGUAAUCAUAGAAAGUUACCGGAAGAUCCCAAGAAAAGGGUUGAUAUACGUCGUCGAGCGCUACGUUUCAUUUAA